AUGGUGUUGCUGGGGAUUAUUCCAAGGACAUUCCUCAUAUGGGUUUUCUUGGCUUGCUUUCUUGGUUCUUCUUUGGGUCUUGAUGCCCCAAUCCAAUCCUGUGAUCCUAGUGAUCUUCUUGCACUCAAGGGAUUUGCAGGAAACCUUACAAGUGGGGCUAUUAUCACAGCAUGGUCCAGGAACUCAAAUUGCUGCCAAUGGGAUGGUGUGGUUUGUGAGAUUGUGAAUAAUGGGACAGCUGCAAGCAAAGUCAGAGUCACCAAGUUGUUUCUUCCCAGCAUGAGUCUUAAUGGAAUGAUUUCGCACUCCUUGGGUGGAUUGGAUCAGCUGCAAUUGCUUAAUCUUUCAAUGAAUCAUCUUCGAGGUGUAUUGCCAGCAGAGCUAUCAAACUUGAAGCGGCUGGAAGUUCUUGAUUUUAGCUAUAACAGGCUUUCAGGACCAGUUUCAGGUGUGCUUGUUAGUUUGAAAUCCAUUAAAGUGCUGAACAUUUCAAGCAAUUCAAUCAAUGGUGACUUAUCUGAGCUAGUGGGUUUACCAAAUCUUGUGGUAUUCAACAUAAGCAAUAAUUCAUUCACUGGUCAGUUCAAUCCUCAAAUUUGUAGCUCUUCCAAUGCACUUCGUAUUCUUGAUAUGUCUUUGAACCAUUUCACCGGCAGUCUUGAAGGCUUAGGCAAUUGUAGCACAUCUCUCCAGCAAUUGCACUUGGACUUCAAUUCAUUUGCAGGCCAGCUACCUGAAUCUUUGUAUUCUUUUUCGGCCUUGGAGCAGCUUUCAGUCUCUGGGAACUCUCUUUCUGGCCAAAUAAGCAACAGGCUAAGUAAGUUCUCUAGACUCAAGACAUUACUCGUUUGUGGAAACCAAUUUGUUGGUGAACUUCCUAAUGUGUUUGGGAACCUUAGUCGACUAGAACAGUUAGUUGCACAUUCAAAUUUGUUAUCUGGGCCAUUGCCUUCAACUUUGGCACUCUGCUCAAAUCUUCGAGUGCUUGAUCUUCGAAACAAUUCUCUAUCAGGUUCUAUUGAUCUAAAUUUCACUGGUCUUUCCAAACUCUGCACACUUGACCUUGCUACUAAUCGUUUUUCUGGCUUCCUUCCAAAUUCACUUGCAUACUGUCGUGAGUUGAAAACCUUAAGCCUGGCUAAGAAUGAGUUAAGGGGUUCAGUCCCUGAAGACUUUGCCAAACUCACAUCCCUAUUCUUUCUCUCAUUGUCAAAUAACAGCUUUGUAAACUUAUCUGGGGCACUAUCUGUGCUACAGCAGUGCAAAAACCUCACCACUCUUAUUCUUACCAAAAAUUUCCUUGGUGAGGAAAUUCCCAAAAAUGCAAGUGGCUUUGAAAGUUUAAUGGUUUUAGCACUUGGGAAUUGUGCUCUUAAAGGCCAAAUUCCAGCUUGGUUAUUGAGCUGCAGGAAGUUGCAAGUCCUUGAUUUGUCAUGGAAUCACUUGGAUGGUAGCAUCCCUUCGUGGAUUGGUCAGAUGGAGAACUUGUUUUAUGUGGACUUGUCAAAUAAUUCUCUAUCUGGAGAAAUCCCAAAAAGUCUAACAGAGCUGAAGAGUCUCAUAUCUACAAAUUGCAGCCGAUCAUAUCUUACUGCCUCUGCUGGCAUCCCGCUAUUUGUGAAGCGAAAUAAGAGUGCUAAUGGACUGCAAUACAACCAGGCAUCAAGUUUUCCACCUUCAAUAUACUUGAGCAAUAAUAGAAUCAAUGGAUCAAUCUGGCCUGAAGUCGGACGACUGAAACAGCUCCAUGUUUUGGAUUGGAGCAGGAACAACAUUACUGGGACCAUUCCCAGCUCAAUCUCAGAGAUGGAGAACUUGGAAACAUUGGAUUUAUCAUGGAAUAAUCUGUAUGGUUCCAUCCCUCCAUCACUUAGCAAGCUCACAUUCUUGUCAAAGUUUAGUGUGGCAAAUAAUCACUUGCAUGGAGUCAUUCCCAAUGAAGGACAGUUCUUGAGCUUUCCCAAUUCAAGCUUUGAAGGCAACCCAGGACUUUGUGGGGAAAUAUUUAUUCCAUGUUAUGCCAAGAAUGCAGGUUCCAAGCCUGUAAUGCCAUCAAGUUCAAGCAGUAGAUUUGGUCGUAACAGUAUCCUCUUAGUAACACUCAGCAUAGGAGUGGGGAUUGCGUUGGUUCUUGCAAUUGGGCUACUUAGAAUGUCAAGGAGGGAAGCUGAGAAUGAAAUUGAUGAUUUUGAUGAGGAACACAGUAGGCCUCGCAGGUUAUCUGAAGCACUUGCAUCUUCAAAAUUGGUGCUUUUUCAGAAUGCCGGUUGUGAGGAUUUCACAGUUGCAGAGUUGUUAAAAUCUACAAACAAUUUCAACCAGGCCAACAUUAUUGGUUGUGGUGGUUAUGGGCUGGUAUACAAAGCCAACCUACCUAAUGGCACAAAAGCUGCAAUCAAGAGACUUUCUGGAGAAUGUGGGCAGAUGGAACGAGAAUUUCAAGCUGAAGUGGAAGCCCUCUCAAGAGCUCAGCACAAGAACCUUGUCUCUCUUCAAGGCUACUGCAAGCAUGGCAAUGACAGGUUGUUAAUUUACUCUUACAUGGAGAAUGGAAGCUUGGAUUAUUGGCUGCAUGAAAGUGUCAACGGAAUUUCACCUCUGAAAUGGGAUGUAAGACUUAAGAUAGCUCAAGGUGCUGCUCACGGAUUGGCUUACUUGCAUAAGGGCUGUCAGCCAAAUAUUGUGCAUCGAGAUAUAAAAACAAGCAACAUUCUUCUCGAUGAAAAAUUUGAAGCUCAUCUGGCUGAUUUUGGUCUUUCAAGGCUACUUCGUCCUUACGACACUCACGUUACGACAGAUUUGGUUGGGACUUUGGGUUAUAUUCCUCCAGAGUAUAGUCAGACGUUAACUGCAACCUGCAGGGGCGAUGUUUACAGUUUUGGUGUUGUUCUUCUUGAACUUGUAACUGGCAGAAGACCUGUUGAAGUGUGCAAAGGGAAAAACUGCAGAGAUUUGGUAUCAUGGAUGUUUCAGAUGAGACGUGAGAAGAGAGAGGAGGAAAUUAUAGAUUCAUCAAUCUGGAACAAGGGUCAUGAGAAGCAGCUUUUGCAGGUACUUGAAGUUGCCUGUAAAUGCCUAGAUCCCAAUCCAAGGCAGAGACCCUUUAUUGAAGAAGUUGUAUUGUGGCUUGAUGGUAUUGAAUUGGAGAGUGAGAAACAAUGAACAUCCGUGCUGCAUUUCACCUUAUGGAACCAACCUGAGGUUUGAUUUAGGAUCCCAAAAUGGAAAGGUAUACCUCUCGAGCAUUACUGUUGCAAAUUCCAUGGAGUGUAGUCUCUGAUCAACUUUGGUUUCUUGCAGAAACACUUCCGUACUAUAUACUCACAGAUGUAAUAUGUAUACAAAAGCUAUGUUGACACAAUCUAUCUAAAAUUCUAAAUGAAGUAUUACAAAAUUUCCAGAGUUUGCCCCUUUU